AAAAAUGAGUAGUAGUAAUGAUCUACAACAACAACAACAAAUUUCAGUUCCAACAAUAACCCCACAAUAUGGAGUAUCUCCCCCAAUAUGUACAAAAACACCAACAGAAAAAGAUUUACGUUUAACUAAAGAAUUGGAAGAAUAUUUAAAAAAAUGUGGAUUGUAUGAAACAGAUGUGGAUAUGCAGAGACGUUUGGAAGUUUUGAGGAAGAUUAAUACAAUGGUUAAAAAAUGGGUGAAAAAUGUUUCUGUAGACAAGAUCCCUCCAGACCAACUCGAAACAGUUGGCGGAAAAUUGUUUACCUUUGGUUCAUAUCGACUUGGUGUGCACACCCCUGGAGCUGAUAUUGACUCACUUUGUGUUGUUCCAAGACAUAUUGAUCGUUCUGACUUUUUUACUUCAUUUUAUGAAAAAUUGAAAGAGGAUGAAAAUACUUCAGAUCUCCACAAAGUUGAGGAUGCUUUUGUCCCUCUAAUCAAACUGCAUUAUAGCGGUAUAGAAUUAGAUAUCUUAUUUGCUCGAUUAGCACUAAAAGAAGUCACAGACGAGCAGCAAUUGACAGACGAUAAUUUAUUGAGAAAUUUGGAUGAAAAAAGCAUUCGUUCUUUAAACGGUUGUAGAGUCGCAGACGAAAUUUUGAGGUUAAUCCCAAGCCACUCUAAUUUUAUUUUAACACUUCGAGCAGUCAAAUUGUGGGCUAAAAAUCACGGCAUUUAUUCAAACGUUCUUGGCUUCCUUGGAGGCGUUUCGUGGGCAAUCCUCGUUGCUAGAACUUGCCAAUUAUAUCCAAAUGCAUCCCCUGCCGUUUUAUUGGAAAAAUUCUUUUUGGUUUUUUCUCAAUGGGAAUGGCCACAUCCGGUUAUUUUAAAAGAUGCGGAUGCUACUCCGAGGUCUGAUAUGCCGUAUUUUGCAGAUAUGAUAUGGGAUCCUCGUACAAGAAUGUCAGAUCGUUUCCAUUUAAUGCCAAUUAUAACACCUGCAUUCCCUGAACAAAAUUCAACAUUUAACGUAACAAGGUCUACACGUCAAGUGAUGACUAAUGAAUUUAAAGAAGGUCUUUCCUCAAUAAUUGAAAUUUCGAGAGGUGACGCUACAUGGGAAAAACUUUUUGAAGAAAUAAACUUUUUUACACGUUACAAACAUUUUAUUGUCCUUCUAUGCGUCACAGAAGGAGAAGAAGACCAUUUAAUUUUUGCUGGUUUGGUUGAAUCAAAAAUUCGUCAUUUGGUAGCUUCUCUAGAAAGAAAUUCUUGUGUUGCUUUGUGUCAUGUAAAUCCACGACAAUACAAGCCUAUUUGUAAAUUGGAAAUGGAUAUGGAAUAUAAAGACCCAAUCUCAACCCUUUGGCUAAUAGGCCUAGAAUUCAAUCGAGAACUUCAAACAAAUAUGAAUAUAAAUUUGACUGAAGAAAUUCAAUCUUUUGUAAGCAACCAUGUUUACUCACACGCAGCUACAAAAAGUGAAUUUAAAUUAACUAUGCAGUUACGCCCGGCAUAUACAAAACAACGUGAUCUAGUUAAAUGGUAUUUUUUUUUUAUUUUUAGGGAUUUUUAGGGACUACACAACAAAAAUAGAGGUUUUCCAUUUCGGGGGAGAGGGCUGUAAUCCCAGAAGCUUAAUUUCCCAUAGAAUAAUAUUUUUGAUAAAGCAUAAGAAUAAAACCAUUCAUAUAUUUUUUAUGUGUCAUAAACUCAAGUUUGAGAGGGAGAGAAAUUUAAUAAAA